AUGAAUAAUAUUUUGAUUGAUAAAGGAAACACAUUUACAAUGAAUUUAGUUCAAAAAUGUAUAGAUAGGUUACCUAAAUGGGAUGAUGUUACUCGUAACAUGCCAUUUAUCAUCACAGGUUCAGUAGGAAUAGCAUUUAUUUUGAUGAGCAGGUAAGAAAGGAAAAAGCAACUUUAAAGGGAGCGCAAGAUGCUUGAAUAAAAGCUUAAAAAAGACACAAAGGCUACUGAAAAGAAAAAUGAUUAAGGAGCAAAACAAGUAGAGGAAGAAGAAGAAAAAAAAAAUGAUUAAACAGAAAACAACAAUAAUUAAAAUAAUUUGCAAUUAAAUCAUCAAUUCCAAACAGAGAAAACUGAGGAGAAGACUCCCCAAUCGCUCAAUAACAACUUGAGAUUUUAAAAAAAGAUUAACAAAAAAACCUUGGAAAACGAUUCAGGUUCAGGUGAUGAGAAUGACUCAGAUGAAUUUUAAAAGAAGCUCCAACAACACUAAGCUCAUUAAGGUAGUAACCACGCAUACAUUAACAGCAGCGAGUAUGAUUUCUUCAAUAGCCAUAGACACAGCUAAGGUGAAGAUGAUGAAGAAGAGAGAUUUGAUAAGGUGAACCCAAAUGAACAAAUCUCUGAAAUAAACUCUGUUCAUUAAAAAUCCACUAUCCCAAAAGAAAAAAGACAAAAACGUGCUCCUAUAAAAAUCAACAGAAACUUUGCCACAGACACUGAAAAUAACGAAAAAUUACAAAAGUUGAAAUCUAUUGUACAAAAGGAAAAGAAGAUUGAAGACAAAGUUUUCUUUUAAAUGUUUUUGAACAUCGUCGGCACUGAAGCUGAACAAGAUGACGAUGAUUGA